AUGCAGAGCAAUUCCGAUAUAUAUCACUUCGAUACGCCAUCAAAACCGCGAUUUUCAAAACGACAAUUCUCAAAAUACUAUUUUCUGAAUGAUUCUGAAUCCGAUUUAUACGCAAGCGAUGUAAGUGAAGAAAGCUUUGAUGAUACAAAGCCACCAAACAAACCACAUAAGAAAGAACUUCAUAAUCGAUCGAUCCAUGAAAAGUUGUCGAAACCUGUUUUAAAAUCGGAUGAAAUAAUUAGAAAACAUGAUUCAAACGAAAAGCCCAUACAGCGUAUGGACUGGGAGAACUACCAUCGUCUAAACGUGAUACAUAAUUUUAUGGACGAAUUGGAAUAUAGUUACCCAUCUAUAUGCACAGUGGGUAUCAUAGGAGCCUCUCUCGAAGGAAGAGAUUUAAAGAUCCUUAAGAUCUCGAACAGUGUUGCUAGUAAUGCUGCAGUAUGGAUGGAUGCUGGAAUACAUGCCAGGGAGUGGAUAGCACCUGCAGUAAACACGUACAUCGCCAAUCAUAUCGCUAAAAACUUUAAUACAUUGCCAGGAUAUCUUACCAAUAAGGAUUGGUACUUUCUUCCAGUGGUCAAUCCUGAUGGUUAUGAAUAUUCGCACACAGUUAAUCGGAUGUGGAGAAAAAAUAGAGCUUGGCAUGGGGGUCAAUGCUUGGGUGUGGAUUUGAACAGAAACUUUAGUUACGGCUGGGGUGGUAGCGGUUCUUCGGAUAAUCCAACACAUGCUUUUUAUCGCGGACCGGAGCCUUUCUCGGAACCAGAGUCAUCAGCUAUGAGGGAUUUUCUGUCGAAAAGUGGUAUUUCCUUCAAAGUCUACAUAACAUUACAUAGUUAUGGACAAAUUAUUCUGUUCCCUUUUGCGUUUAGAGAUGAGCUAUGCCCGGACUAUGUUAGAUUACUCGAGGGGGCUGCUGUAAUGUCUAAGACGAUUUACGAAACCAAUGGGAACACCUACAAAGUAGGUAUAUCAAGGGAUGUUAUGUAUGGUGCGGCUGGUACUAGUAAUGAUUGGAGCUACGGAGCAGCUGGAAUCCCUUACUGCUAUCUCAUAGAGCUGCGAAGUAAGAAACAUAAGUUCAAGCUACCCAAAGAAGAGAUACAGGAGACGGGAAAUGAAAUACUGAAUUCUGUGAUGGCGUUGAUGGAGUUUAUUGAUGAGAAGGAACGGUCAGAACAAACAACAAAUCAUUUUCAAAAUUGCAAGUAUAUUAAAAACUUCAUAAAAAGACUAUUAAAUACGACAGUUUCAACAAAAAUCACAGUGGCACUACUCAACUCCAAGACCCAAGUCUGGGAAAUAAGAUUUACGAAUGAGGGACAGAGAUUGUUUAUGAAAACAUUAGACACAGCAGGAGCAAUUAACAUUUGGAAAGAAGAGCAUAGCACUAUGGAUGUGAUGGUGGAAGGGCCCAGAGCGGCUCAAGUCGCGGGCAUGUUGCAUGAAAGGGAGAUUCCAUAUGCAAUCGCUGUAGGAGAUGUGAAUUUACUAUUGGAAAGAGAGCAGGGAACUGUUCUGAAUAAAUUAAGACGCCAGUCUAGUGCAAAUCGUAAUAUGGAUUGGCAUACAUUCCACCGAUUAGAUGUUAUCUACGAGUUUAUGGAAAAUUUGGCCAAGGAAUACCCUUAUUUGUGUACCGUGAUGAUCAUUGGAAAAUCAGUUGAAGGAAGGGAUUUGAAGUUACUGAAGAUAUCGAAUGGAGACUCCUCAAACCCAGGUGUAUGGCUGGAUGGUUCCAUACAUCCUCGCGAAUGGAUCAGUGCAGCUGUCGUGACAUACAUCGCUAAUCAGCUGGUUCGCAACUUCCAAAUUCAGUCUGAGAGCGUUAGGAAUAAAGACUGGUAUAUUCUUCCAGUGAUGAAUCCAGAUGGCUACGAAUACACACACACAAACGACCGCAUGUGGAGAAAAAAUAGAGCUCGGUAUGGUGAAUGUGUUGGUGUCGAUCUUAAUCGAAACUUUAGUUAUGGUUGGGGCGAAAAAGGUGAGGAGGGAUCUUCAGAUGACCCCGGAAAUAUCUUCUUUCGAGGGUCAAAGGCGUUUUCUGAACCGGAAACCAGUGCUGUAAAGCGGCUGAUUGUGCAAUCUCCGACCACCUUCAAGGUGUUCCUCUCAUUCCAUAGCUAUGGAGAAGUCAUAAUUUUCCCCUGGGGCUACAUUGGCGAUCCUUGCCCUGACUAUAUUGAGCUUCUCGAAGGAGGGACCGCAAUGGCUAAGGCUAUUUUCGAAACCAGUGGCCACACCUACAAAGUAGGAAGUACAAAGGACCUAAUGUACUAUGCUGCUGGCAACAGCAUUGACUGGAGCUAUGGAGUAGCCAACAUACCAUACUCAUAUAUGGUGGAACUAAGAGGGAAACAAUACAGAUUCUUAUUACCGAGAGAAGAAAUUAUACCCACAGCCCGAGAAGCGAUGAGCGGCGUAUUGCGACUCAUGGAUUUUGUCGAUAAUAGGAGUAAAAGUGUACAAUCUUGCGUUUGUUCUGAAUAA